AUUCACGGGCGCCAAGGAGCGGUUUCAGGCCGAUGUAGCUGCGCCUCUUGUUCGGGAAGAAGGGACGUGGUUGUUGGGGAUUAUGGCUCCUGCUGCUGUCGUCUCUGCUGGGCAACCUCCUGAGGUCCAAUUUGCUCAGAGGUUGGCCUCGAACGAGAAACGGAUUCGGGAUCGGGCGCUAAAAAAGCUACGUGGCUACAUGACGCUCAGGACCCAGAGACUAGAGGGUUGCUUCAGCCAAGAAGAAUUGUUAAAAAUAUGGAAAGGAUUAUUUUACUGUAUGUGGAUGCAGGAUAAACCUCUCUUGCAGGAGGAGUUGUCAAAUAAUAUAUCACAACUUAUCCAUUUAAUCGAGAAUAUGGAUACUCGACACUUGUUCAUUCAGACUUUCUGGCAAACUGUGAAUCGUGAAUGGAAUGGAAUAGAUCGAUUGCGUCUAGAUAAAUUUUACAUGUUGAUCCGCAUGAUGCUGAGGCAGUCCUUUGAAGUUCUGAAAAGAAAUGAAUGGAAUGCAAGUUUAAUUGAACGAUUUCUGAAUAUGUUAAUAAUGGAAGUUAUGCAUCCAGAUAGCCAUGCUCCCAUUGGUAUUAAAUUGCAUUUCAUUGAUAUCUAUCUGGAAGAACUGGCUAAAGUUGGAGCUAAAGAGCUCACAGCAGACCAGAACAUUAAGUUUAUUGAACCAUUCUGCAAAAUUAUUGCCAGGACCAAGGAUCAUCUUAUGCUGCAAGCCAUAAUCUGUGGCAUCUUUGAAACCAUUGUGGAUCAGUCCCCAUUUGCCAUAGAAGAUUUAAUGAAAGAACUAGAAACUGGCAGUGAUGUUGACAGUACCUCAGAAGAUGAAAAAUGGACUGACAGAGAAGAUGCAGAAAUGGCCAGAGGCAGGGGCUUGUCAAACAAACUGUCUCCAAAUUCAGAGACACAUGGUAAUAUUUCAGAAGAUAUAGAAGCUAACAUUGGACCUGUUCUUCAGUUUGAUUAUGCAGCAAUUGCCAGCACAAUCUUUGAGUUGAGCAGCAGAAAAAACACACCUGCUUUUAACAGAAAGCGCCUCUACAAAUUGGUUAAAAAAUUUCAAGAUCUUGCAGAAGGCAGUUUCCCUCAAAAUGAUUUCCCUGAAGAUGUCUCUACAGAUGAGGAUGAUGAUACCUUCAGCAGGAAGAAAUUGAAAAGAAAAUCUGGGAAACCCUUAGAUAAAGUUCAAUUGGAGAAAAAAGACAACAAUCAAACCCAAAAGAAUGAUGAUGAGGAAGAAGAGGCCAACAGAGGGCUACAAAAAAAAAGGAGGAGGAGAAAAUCCAGUCAGAGAGUUGGUACUUGCAUGCCCACUAGAAAUAAUGAGAAUAGACCAGUCAGUGUUGAAUCCAAGACACCAGAUCCAGCCAACGAAUCCUCAGAUAUCAGGAAAUGGCAGAAAUCUUCAAGUGCAGAGAACAAUGAAGUUCCUUCAGUCAUUCCCAUUGAAGGACUUGGUGAUGAUUCUUCUUUGAAGUCACUGACAUGUUUAGCCAAUGACAUAAAGAAGCCUUCUCCACACAAAAAUGGGAGCCUACCAAAAGUUCCUAGAAAAAUUAUGUGUCAGAAUGGACAGAAUUAUGACAAUGAAGAGGACCCUAAUUAUCGUACUACAGGACGCCACACUGGUAAAAUUAUGAAGAGGCAGCAGAAAUCAAAGCCAGGAAUCACUGGAAAGCUUUUGUCUGAAGAAAGUGUUAAUCUGCCAGAGAAGAAAUGCCUUGUAGAGUCAGAACCUAUUGUGCUUCAUAAAGUCAAGUUGAAGAGAAAAAAAAUGUUGGGGAAUUUGGGGAGGACUAUAUGUUCCAAACAGAAAGCAAUUGACUUGAAAAUGCAAAGAAAAAGCAAGAAAGGCCCAAAUUCCAUAGAAAGAAAUGAACUUGAAAACAAGAAGAGGAAGAACGAAGUCUGGUUCCCAUGGAAAGGCAUUCAGGAAACUGGUGGUAUUGCCCUUCCAAUAAAGAAAACAAAGGCAAAGGUGGAGAAUGAUUUUGUGAAGUUUGCAAAGACAGCUUUACCAAAGCCAGCCUUCUUUAGAAAAGCUAAAAGAAGCAUUACUGCCAUGCCGUUAAGCAAGCUACAAUCUUCCAGCUACAAAAAGGUUACCUUUGGAUUGAAUAAGAAUAUGACUACUGAAUUUAAGAAGACAGACAAAAGUAUCUUAGUCAGUCCAGAGGGAGUCUCCCGGGUAGCUUUCAAUCCUAAGCAAAAACCACCCCAUGGAGUCCUAAAGUUCUCCUCUAGCUCUUUGAUGGAAACCCCUCAAUUAAAGAAGUCUCUUGUAAUUCCAGCUAAGAAGAGACCAACUGCUAUGGAUUUCUUCUAAGCCCAAUAAAUUGAAGAGAAUUUUGUUGUGAAUGAAUGAUAGAUAUAUGAUAUAUAUAUGGAGUGACCUCAGGUUUGAAAAUCUGUUUUUCUAAAAACAAGUUAUCUAAUGAAUAUUUUUAUAAAGCUUUAUUUUAAGCUGCUUUUUGAUGUACUCUUUAUUAUUUUAAUCUUAAUGGGCUCUUUUGUUUUCUACUCUGUUUCAUUUUUCCUCCUCACACCUUCCAUCUUCCUAUCUAACACUUUGGGUUAAAAUAACAAUAUUUAUUGAAAACAAGUUUUUCAAAGGG